AUGGAAGCUUUAUCCCGUAGAGAAGAUCAAGACGUCUUGGAAUCAGUCAAAUCAGAAGCGUUGAAAUCAUGCGAUGUACAUGUUAAAGAUUUCGCCGAUUGUGCAACUGGUCGAACGUUCACUUUACCGUUUGUAUGUAAAGAUAAAUUAGAUAUAAUGCAAAAUUGUAUGAGGGAUUAUGUAACGCAAGAACGUCUGGAUACUGCUAAGUUAGAUUAUAUAGCAAACCGAUCAGAACAUGGUAAACAGGCUGUGGAAGCAUUACGGAAAAGUAGAGCUGAAAAAUUAAGAAGAAUGGCUGGAUUGAAAGAAGAGUCAAAAUCAGAUCAAACGGAGAAGAAGUAA